GCGUCACUCAAUAAUACCGUCAGGGUUUUGCGCGUCGCUAUUGGCUGCGACGCCCAGUGCCGGCUCCGCCCUUUGGAACACCGAGUAGCGAGCGCUCCGGUUCACCCCGGGGAUGCGAAGCGCUAUCGAGACAGUAACGACGGGUCAGAGCUUCUUCCGCGGUGAACGUUGAGUUCCCGUACCGAAUCCUGGCCGGGAUGGCGGUGGAAAACGGGAUCAGAACCGGAACCGGGACCGGGACGGAGGUGCUGGCCUGGAGUCCCGGGAUGGGUCCGCGGUCCCCGUCCGGGCUGGAGGCAAAGUUGGGCUCGUUGGUGCUGCUGCUGCUGUUGCCGCUUGCCUGUGGCCUUGCCCCGCUCUGCUGCUUCCGACAGCCCCCCAGCUCUGCCGACGCCCGCAGCCCGGUGCUCAGCCUGGUCAGCUGCUUCGCCGGUGGCGUCUUCCUGGCCACCUGCCUGCUCGACCUCCUGCCCGACUACCUGGCCAGCAUCAGCGCGGCGCUGGAGGGGCUGCGCAUCACGCUGCAGUUCCCCUUGCCGGAGUUCAUCCUGGCCAUGGGCUUCUUCCUGGUGCUGGUGCUAGAGCAGGUUGCGUUGGCGCAGCGGGAAGCGUCGUCUAUCCCGGAGGAGACGCGGGCGUUGCUUCCCACCGGUUCCAUCCAAACCCUUUCACCGCAACCUCCUGUUCCCGGCACCCGGAGCGCCAUCCGUGCCGGAUUGUUGGUGCUGGCGUUGGCGUUGCACGCCGUGCUGGAGGGGCUGGCACUGGGAUUGCAGGAGGCAGAGGGGGCCGUGCUGCGCGUCUGCCUGGCGCUGCUGCUGCACAAAUGCGCGGUGGCCUUCAGCUUGGCGCUAAAAUUGUUACGGGGUCGUCUGCGCCCGCCAGCCGUGGUUGCUUGUUUGACACUCUUUGCCAUGAUGUCACCUUUGGGUGUGGGGUUGGGGACAGCAGUAGCAGCGGGCGCGGGACCACGGCAGCGGUUGUGCCGAGGGGUGCUGGAGGGGUUGGCAGCUGGGACCUUCCUUUAUGUCACUUUUUUGGAGAUUUUGCCCCAGGAGCUGGGGGUCCCCCAACAUCGCAUCCCCAAGGUCAUCCUGCUCCUUGCCGGCUUCGCCCUCGUCACCGCCAUCCUCUUCAUCAAGAUCUGAGACACCCCAUCCCCCGAGUGGAGGAUGCCCCCCUCCCAACCCCAAUGCAGGAUGCCAGGGAAGGGGGUUCCCCUCUGCACUCCCUCCUCUGUGCAAAUGCCAAAGUGCCACUUCAGGUGCUGGCCCCGGCCCCCAUGUGCACCCUGGGGUGGGGGUGGGGUUCCUGCCUGUGGGGACACCCCCCCCCUCCGUGAGGCUCAGCCCCGUGCCUCAGUUUCCCCAUCUGUACAGGGGGAACAGUGCUGUCCCCCUCCACGGGACCCCAGGACGGGGGUGGGCUGAGUGUGUCGUGCCCCCCCACACCCACAAGUGCCCUUACAGCGUGGGGUGCAGAGCCCCAGCCCCCCCCCCGGCUGGGGAGAGGCGUUGGAUGAAGCAAAUAAAAGACUGGACCUGA